GGUUACUUAAAGACCCUCGUCGAGCCGUGCCGCAUCUCACUCGCUUCAGGUUGUAGUAGUGUUUACGCAGCUUCAGCUUACUUUCGCUAUAAGUCUAAUCCGCUCUGCUGGCGACUAUCACAUCCAAAAUGAAGGCUGUUUACGCUGCGUUGGCCUUGGCCGCUUCGGUCAUAGCAGGCAAAGACUACGAGACCGUUGUUACAGCUACCACCUACGAGACAACUACUGUCUGCCCGAUCACCAACACAGUCACCUACGGAGGAUCGACCUACGAGGAGACUACCUACACGACCUCAACCGUAGUUGUCACCUCGUGCGCGGGAGGUAACUGCGGAGGCGAGGCUACCGUGACUGCUCCUGAUACCACCGUUGGCACCACCACUGCCGUCGAGGUUACUUACACGACCACGUGCCCUGUCACAGAGACAGUCACCGCUCCUGGAAAUACCUACGUUACAACGUAUACUACGACUAGUGUAGCUGUCACCUAUGUCGACACUACUUUCGUUGAGACAGUGACAGGACCCGGUGCCACGGAGACAACGGAGGACGUUGCUUACACAACUCUGACUGAGCUAUGCCCUGUUACUGAGACCAAGACUCUGGGGGGUGACACAGUCGUUGUUACAUGGACCUCGACCUCGACCGUCAAGACCGCAGUACCCACCACCGCUACCGCGUACACUUCCUACACCGUUACUGAGCACGUUUCUACCGAAGUCUUCGAGACUGUCACCUGCCCGGAGACAGUCCACACCACCGUCUCCGAGGGUAACACUAUCUACGUUACCGAGACUGGUACCGAGACGCUCUACACCACUAAGGAGUACACCGUCACGCAGACCCUCCCUGUCACCCAGACUAAGGAGAUUGAUGUGACCGUCACCUCCGAGGCCACCGCGGGCGAGACCGUCACCGCCAGCCCGACCGUCUGGAUUACUUACAGCGAUACCACCAUCGUCACCAAGUCCAAGUCCGCCACGACUGUGCCUUACCCUACCACAGUCUCCGUCCCCGCCUCCAGCAGCGCUGCUACCAGCGCAGCCGGCACUACCUACGUCCCCUCAGCCCCCGCUUCUUCUUCUUCUUCUUCCUCCACCGGUGUUCCCCAGGUCCCCUCCAGCGCCCUCGCGCCCCAGGCCACCCCUGUCGCUGCCGUCUUGGCUUUCGCCGGACUCGCAGUCCUGCUAUAAGCUUGGCCGCUUUGAAACACAGGCAACCAACUAAAGCAAGCUAAGCUGCUUUUCUUUAAAAGGAAAAAAAAGAAAGACAUCACGGAUACAGGAUAAAAGGGACGAGCAUAAACACGGCAGAUACCCCAUCACGGGCGGGCAGCAUUCAUUUUACGGAACAAGGCACGGAGGGGGAACUCGAUGGCGGCGGUACAUACAUAAUCCAUACCAAUCUUUUCCAACGAAAAAGACGAUUUUCGUUUUACGGGCCACGAUCAUGUCUAAUGUUUAGUAGUAUCUAUCUAUUGUCACGAUGGGCACUACGGGGGAUUAAUUUGGCGGGGCUAAUCGCCCCGUUGAUUACCUAUUUACAUGUAGUCUGUAGUUUUUUGAAAGACAUCUUCGUGUAUAUAGGUUUUUUAUGAAGUCUUGCUACCAAGGCACAUAUUAAUUUUAAGAAGUUAACUACCUAAC